AUGAAGCGUACCCGAUCUCAAGUGUCGCCGACGAUGUCUCCCGGCGUUGAUAAUGAAGGAUUUGAUACCAGUGUCAACGGUCAUAAUGCCAAUGGCAUCAAUGACUAUAUCGAAGAUGCUGUUAUCGUCGGCGCUGGGCCAGCUGGGUUGAUGAUGGGCUGCACCCUAGCGCGGUAUGGUAUCAAGGCAAGGAUUGUGGAUGACAGAGAUGAUAAAACGGCGACUGGACGAGCGGAUGGUCUCCAGCCAAAGACCAUUGAGACAUUCCGCCAGUUAAAAUUGGCUGAUUCUCUCCUUCAGAAGGGCGUCAAGAUUUACGACAUAUGUUUCUGGGCCUCAACGGUGACAGAACCAUUACACAGAAUUCGGAGGGAGAUACACUAUCCGUCUCAAGUGGAUGUCAAAGACCCAUUCAUUCUCCUUGUCCAUCAAGGAAUGGUCGAAGAUGCUUUCAUCGAGGACAUGAAGGAGCGAGGAAUUGAGGUCAUGAGGAGUUCUCCCUUUUUACGCUACACAUUGGAACAGGAUUCCAAUGUACCCAUCGACGUCAUCUGCGAGAAUAAGAGGACUGGUUCUCAGUGCUCAUUCAAAACCAAAUAUUUGAUCGGCUGCGACGGUGCUCAUUCGAAUGUUCGAAAGAGCAUACCCGGAGCAGAGAUGGUUGGGGAGAGUAGCAAUUCCAAAUGGGGAGUUCUUGACGGCGUUAUUGAAACGGAUUUCCCUGAUCUCUGGAGUAAAGUUGUCGUUCAUUCCGAGACCGCAGGAACUGUGCUGUGCAUUCCACGAGAGCGGAAUAUGACCAGGCUGUACAUCGAAUUGGACCGAUCACUACAGGACAGUGUACCUGCCCAAGCCACGCAGGAGUUGGUGAUGAGAAAGGCACAAGAAAUCAUGGCUCCAUUUUCGGUGACUUGGGCCAGUGUUGAAUGGUUCAGCGUAUACAAAGUCGGGCAAAGAGUAGCCAGCACAUUCGUGGAUGAGACUGAAAGGGUUUUUAUUACAGGGGACGCUGGCCAUACUCAUUCACCAAAAGCUGCUCAAGGAAUGAACACCUCCAUGCACGACACUUUCAACCUAUCAUGGAAACUGAACCUUGCCAUCCGUGGACUUGCCAUGCCAGCGUUGGUUUCAACGUACCAAAGCGAACGACGCAAGAUUGCACAAGACUUGAUCAGUUUUGACUUUGAACACGCCGCUGCGUUCACAGACGGCGAUUCCAAAGCUCUGGCGGAGAAUUUUGCAACCAACAUCGGAUUCAUAUCCGGUGUUGGAGUCAAGUAUGCGGCUAACGUUUUGAAUCUUCCCGAGAAAAUCCCCCGAGGGAUUUUGCGCCCUGGAGAACUCAUGGUACCAGCCACAGUGACACGGUACAUCGAUGCCAAUCCAGUGGAAGUACAAUUCGAUAUUCCCAUGCUAGGCCAAUUCCGAGUCUACUUCUUCGUUCCCAAUAUCCACACAUCUUCCAAUUUCCUGAAAACAGUGUCCAGCUACAUCGCCUCAACAGACUCGGUAAUGGGACGCGCCACAAUCGCAGCUGCCCAAUCCUACGCGAAGCUGAAUCUUCCUCCUGUCGAAGCCGACGAUUUCAUUCAGCCAGGACGGUACACUGCAGCUUCGCAACUGUUCACAUUUGCCACCGUGACAACUAUGGAGAAAUCGACCGUCGAAGUUUCACAUCUGCCGAGCUUGCUGCGGAAGAGCAAAUGGACAUUCUAUAUCGAUGAUCGGGUGGAUCCGAAAACAGGGACGAGCUGCAUGGAGAAGUGGCUUGGUGGGGUUGCGGGAGACGAGGUUGCGAUUGUGAAUAUUAGACCGGAUGGAUACGUGGGGAGUAUCGGACGGUUUGAUUCGAAAAGCGAUAGCGUUGCGGCUUGUGCAUGGCUGGACUCAUACUAUGGGGGCUUUUUGCAAGCGUAG